UGAAUGAAAUGGCGGGUCUCUAAAACUACUCGUCAACGUGGAUGUACCCAAUUUAAAUUGCUAAAACAUCGGUGUAGGUCUUUGCUCCGGCGGGCAUGUGCUACAAUGCACUCACCUUCGUCAUUCAAGCCUGGCAAGGCUAUGAAGGCAUCUUCGAGAACCUCGCCGAGCUUCUCGAGAAAUGCACUGAGUUCCUCGAGCGUCUCGAAUCUUACGAGGGUCGCAUGGACGCGAGGUUAACCCGUGUUGCGGUUCAAAACCUCCGACUUUUUGUUGAGAUAUGUGAUCGCACGAUUAAACUGCGUAAGAAACACACCAAGUUCAUUGCUUUUACGAAGCAGCUAUUCUUGAACGAUAACGGUAUCAAGGACUUGCUUGGUAUGAUGGACCGACUCAACGCUAAAGAGUCCCUCUUGGUGAACGCACAGACCUAUAAGCUAGUGAGCGAUAGUGCUGGAGACAUCAAGUUGAUACUCGACGGCCAAAAGGAGCAGAAGAAGGAGCAGGAGGCAAAGAAGUGGCGUACAGCAAUCGUCAAAGCGCUAGGAUUCCCAGUGACCUCUCUAGAUAAUGAUGGGGAGCCUAUUGCGAGCUGGCAAAGGGCCUUCGACGUUAGGAAGAAUAUGCUGGUUGAUGAAACCGGGAGAUGGAUCCAUAGUCAUAAGGAUUUUACAGGAUGGACCGGACCUGCCUCCCCAGCGAAGCCCAUCCUGGUUCUAGAAGGUAAAAACGGUUCAGGGAAGACAUCGAUGAUGGCGAACACUGUGAGGUAUCUUAGGAAGUCGAAUCAAGUCGGGCCUACUUCUCGGGUUGUCACCGCUUACUUCUUCAUGGAGGGCGAGAAGAGAAAACCGGACGACGAAGAUGCUCCUAGUACACUCGAACUGGUGUCGCGGACUUUGCUUUGGCAGAUUUCGACGGCAUAUGAAGCUAUGACCAAGUCCGUAUUCCAAAUUCUCGAGCGAUCUUCCGAUUUCAACAACUCGGUCGACCUCUGGGAACAGUUAUUUAUCAACAACAAGGAACGGAUGAAUCCCGAUACGACAUUCUUUCUCUUCAUUGAUGGUCUCGAUAAGACUCUUCUUCCACUCCUCCAGAAGCUAACAUCUAUACCUGACAAGAGCCCUCGCGUAUUUUUGACUGCUCGGUCGCCGGAACUGCUUGACCAGACACAGGGGCUCAAGUUCAUCGCCAUUCCCAUGCAUCCAAACAAUGAGGAUGACAUUGAGAAGUAUAUCACUCAUAGGAUGGAUAAUAUGCCUAUUCUCAAGGAUUCUAAUCGCUCCGGGAUUUCCGAGUGGCGAAAAACGAUCUUGAGUACGUUGCAAUACAAAUGUCGCGGCGACUAUUUUAAGUUGAACACAAGUCUCAACGCUCUUGCGAAAGUUGACCUUAUCGACGAUAUAAACGAGGUCCUCGCGGACGCCGACAAGACUCGAACCGAUCAAAUUGACGCUGAGAUUAGACGACUUAACAAUAUUCGAACAGUUAAGGAGAUACAAGAGAUAAACGAGAUCAUACGGUGGAUUGAUGUCGGUCGGCGCUGGUUCACGGUCGAUAUGAUAGAAUCGCUCCUAUCUGUGAAGCAUUAUAGUAGCUCCGCGGCGCAAUCUUCCCGUGCCGUGCCACUAACAAGGCGAAAAACAGGCUCUGAAGAUGUCGAAAGCAUCGCCCAGGAGUCCGCGCCAACGUCUACAACCAUAUCCUUGCUUCCUUUUUCUCAGAAGCUCGCAGAGAAGUAUCCGAUAUUCGCCGUUACGGAUUCAGGCUACGUCGAUUGGCGGUCCCCCGAAAUCAAGGAUCAACUCCCGUCCAAAGGCUUGGAUCAAGACGCCAGACUUAACGUAUCCACGUCUGGCCCGCGGGUUAUCCAAGAGUCUGAAAUAGCGAUCGUUCGCCACUUCCUUAAUAAUGUGUGCCCGCCGGAUCUUUACUCGCGGUUUGAGUUUGAACAAUUCCUUGAUGCAAAGCUCGGCGCGAAGCACCGAGAUUACAUCUGCCUCGACCCCGACAACGCUAACAUCAAGAUCGCACUAACUUCUUUAAUCAUCUUAACGGAGAAAGAUCUAAGAAGCAAUACGGUCCUGCGCAAGUACGCGAUGUAUUGGCUGCUAGACCAUCUACAUGCAGUUGACCUCUCGGCCGCCGAUAGGGAGUUGAAGGCGCAAGUUGGUCCGCUCCUCGUCAAGCUCUUCACAGAAGAGUGUGGAAUUGACUCAAUGUUCUGGCCUUUCAAUCUGGACGUGAGUAUUAAUACCUGGGAUUGGGAUGAGUAUAUAGAGUUGCGUGAAACUCGAAGCGAAUGGGUCUACUCUAUGUCCGGCGUCCAGGAGAUCUCUAAAUGGCUGCAUGACUCUUCCGUAACAAAGUACAUCAAGGAUGAACCCGGUGCAUCGUUUGUUGAAGCUGUAAAAACGUCAGCAAAUCUACAUAAAGCAGUGCUUUCCCACGCUGCCAAACGAAUGGCAGACCAUCUAUUCCGUCGCGUGGAAUUUCUUCCCCGCCAAUUCUGGUGUGCGUGCUGGCUUAUUCGCGGGUAUCUAUCACGACUCAAUCCCGAGAAGUCUUCUCAAAUGCCAAGCGAUCCGUCGGCCUACAGAGAAACAGACUCACCUGGUUUCAACGAGUUUGAAGGGAGGCAAUUUAAGCUGGAUGAAGUGAAGGAAAUCGAAGCUUGGGCAGCCGAAGUGCUCCAGAAAACGAAUGACACCAUAGAACAAGAAUCAAGUUGGGAAAUCCACGGUUCACUUAUCACCUUCCAACUCUGUCGUACCCAAGACGGUGCCGCCGACAUUUACCAGGCGCGUGCAAAGAGGGCUAUAGAACUAAACCCCAAGAAUUGGCAUGCAUGCCACUUCAUCGCUAAACAACCAAGCACCAACAAUGAACAAGCCGUAGAGAUGCUUUCCAAGGCCAAGAAGGAUAUUGACGAUAUCCGUCUUAAUAAUAAGGAGUGGAUCGAUGAUCACAACAACUCCUCGUUGCUAGCGCGGAUUACACUAGACCUUGGAGACCGUCUGUGGGACCUAGGUGCAGACCAUAAACUUGCCGCAGAAACCCACCGGGAAAGUCUGCGAUACGAUUACGUCCAUUUCAAGGACUACACCAAGGUGCUCACUCGAUACCAAAAUCGCGAAGCAUGGGUUGAGCUUAUCGCGUUCAUCGAGACCUUAAAUGAUACCAGCGACACUUGGGCAGCAUACUUUGACGAGUUAGUUAACGAAUUCGUUGUCGGCUUGACCAGCGACGACGGCUCCAACGCGUUGGCACGGGCAGCGGAUGCGACCAAACGUUGGGACGUAAUUGAGGCUUUCUUCACCAUGGCGAUUGACAUGGGGAUACGGCAAGAAGCUCACGACCUCCUGUUCCUUCUCAGGGACGGUUUCGCAAGGACAUUGUCGAAUGCUUCAAACGGUACAGAAGAUGAUCAGCAAGAUAAAGUUAUCUCCAUCCAAGAAACAGCCCUCGAGCAUAUAAAGCUCCACCACAGCGACAGCUUCUCUCGACAUCCGAUAGAAGAAAUGGCCAACUCACUUGCCAAGACCUAUCUGAACAAGGCAUUUCAGUCGAACUUGCCUAUCGAGAGGGUUGAUUUGUACGGCUCAUUGAUCGAGAAUUUGUUACCCGACACAAGCGAAGUACCGGACCUAUGGGCGAACAGUACCAUGAUCCUCUCCUAUAUACGCUACCACCACAAGCGCAAGAGUGGCUCUAAGCUAGCUAAAGAAUGGAUAAGGAUGAUGGUACGCGCGACGAUUGAACUCCUUUCGGAUGACGAUGAUGAGAACGAUAACGCCGCGUUUUGGUUGCUUGCUGCUCUCAUGACGAUCAUUGAGGAUACACAUAAUGCCCGGAUUGCCUGUACAAUGCUGAACAUGGAAAAAUAUGAAGCCCUAGUUAAAUGGGAAAGUUGGGUGACAACGUCCCCUAUUCAAGAGCAUUUUGCCGUUAAUGGCGAUGCUGGUCUGAAGAGCCCGAAGGCCCCCACCAAUGGUUCGAACGGAUCCGCGCAGGCGGGCAGGGAGACAGAGCCGCAGGAGACCAACGAUAUGUUGGCCCAUGGCAGCCCUGGACAACCGAGCUACUUCGUCUACUGUGAUGGCUGUAAGAAGGAGUAUAUCGUCACAGAUGUGCCUAUUUAUACGUGUGCGGAUUGUCUUGACUUGAUACAAUUCGAUGAAGAGUGCUACACGUUAUUAAAGAAAGGCGAACUGAAGCGAAAGGGACUCGACUGCAGGCCGGAUCACACAUUCAUCCCAUUGCCUAUUUGGGAUGCAAAUCUGAUUAAGGGCAUGCCGAAAGGAUAUAUACCCUUACCCGAUAGCAAGGAGAACGAGAAGAGAUGGAUUGCGUUAGAUGAGUGGAAGGGUGAAUUGAAGAAGUUAUAUCUUGAUGGGGAUAUCAAAGAAGUUGUCGCAUGAGAAUAGUGUACAGUAACGAAGAAAAUGGACAUGAUAGAGGGGAUGUGGUCUGGGAUCACGACGCAAACGACUUGAAAUAUGAAAAGGGAAUAAGUUGACGGGGAGCAUCUUGUAAAACCAUUGGCGAUUCAAGAGAUGAAAUGAUUAGCGUUAAACCUUGUAUCAUGCCACUCAUUGAGUGGUAUUAGCCGAGAAAAGUUUAAAUGAGGCCUGUCACGCCUUCCUCAACCAGUCUCCAUAUUCUACCAU